GCUGCCUUCGAUACUGUGAACCAUCAGAUCCUCCUCUCCACCCUCUCCGAGUUGGGCAUCUCCGGCGCGGCCCACGCUUGGAUUGCGUCCUACCUGACAGGUCGCUCCUACCCGGUGGCGAAUCGCAUCUCUGCAUGUCUGGCAGACAUAUCAGUGUGGAUGACGGAUCACCACCUCAAGCUGAACCUCGGCAAGACGGAGCUGCUCUUCCUCCCGGGGAAGGACUGCCCGUUCCAUGAUCUCGCCAUCACGGUUGACAACUCCAUUGUGUCCUCCUCCCAGAGCGCUAAGAACCUUGGCGUGAUCCUGGACAACACCCUGUCGUUCUCAACCAACAUCAAGGCGGUGGCCCGUUCCUGUAGGUUCAUGCUCUACAACAUCCGCAGAGUACGACCCUGCCUCACACAGGAAGCGGCACAGGUCCUAAUCCAGGCACUUGUCAUCUCCCGUCUGGAUUACUGCAACUCGCUGUUGGCUGGGCUCCCUGCCUGUGCCAUUAAACCCCUUCAACUCAUCCAGAAGGCCGCAGCCCGUCUGGUGUUCAACCUUCCCACGUUCUCUCACGUCACCCCGCUCCUCCGUUCUCUCCACUGGCUUCCAGUUGAAGCUCGCAUCCGCUACAAGACCAUGGUGCUUGCCUACGGAGCUGUGAGGGGAACGGCACCUCAGUACCUCCAGGCUCUGAUCAGGCCCUACACCCAAACAAGGGCACUGCGUUCAUCCACCUCUGGCCUGCUCGCCUCCUUACCACUGAGGAAGUACAGCUCCCGCUCAGCCCAGUCAAAACUGUUCGCUGCUCUGGCCCCCCAAUGGUGGAACAAACUCCCUCACGACGCCAGGACAGCGGAGUCAAUCACCACCUUCCGGAGACACCUGAAACCCCACCUCUUUAAGGAAUACCUAGGAUAG